AACCACACACAUAACUAGGAAAAUUCACACUCUUCAUCAAUAUGUACUAUAGAUAUGUCAUAUUCAAUAAGGAUGAAUGAUAGGCACAUCUAAUCACAUGGUUUCAUCUUCUAGUUCCAGAAAAGAUAGAGAAAAUGGGAACCACUGAUACAACCAAGCCUAACCUUGAUUCUACAUUGAAUGAACGCAAAGCAUUUGAAGAAACAAAAGCUGGUGUCAAAGGACUUGUUGAUGCAGGUAUUAAUAACAUCCCAAGCUUAUUCCAUCAUCAACCUGACAAAUAUCAGAAAUCCAACACCACAAACCAUGCUAUUCCUGUCAUAGACCUUGUAGAUAUUAUUGAUAAUAAAGAUGAUGCAAGUACUCACCAAGGUAUUGUUCACAAAAUCAAAGAAGCAUGUGAAACUUGGGGUUUUUUCCAGGUUGUUAAUCAUGGAAUUCCUUUGACUGUUCUUGAAGAAAUGAAAGAUGGUGUUAAGAGGUUUCAUGAAAUGGAUGCACAAGUCAAAAAAGAUUUGUAUUCAAGAGAUCAAGAAAGAUCGUUUAUUUAUAAUAGCAAUUAUGCUAUUUAUAGCUCACCAGCACUCAAUUGGAUUGAUACUUUUAAGUGUUACUUGGCUCCUGAUACUCCAAAACCACAAGAUUUUCCUAUAGUAUGCAGGGAUAUAUUGCUAGAAUAUGGGAAACACAUGAUGAAUCUUGGGACUUUACUGUUUGAAUUGAUGUCACAAGCUUUAGGACUGAAUCCAAACCAUCUAAAAGAUAUGGAUUGUGCUGAAGGACUGGUUGCUCUUUGCCAUUAUUAUCCACCAUGUCCUCAACCAGAAUUGGCUAUGGGAUUAACCAAGCAUUCUGACAAUGAUUUUCUCACAGUGCUUCUACAAGACCAUAUCGGUGGCCUUCAAGUUCUUCAUCAAGAUAAAUGGAUUGAUAUAAAACCUGUCCCAGGGGCUCUCAUAGUUAAUGUCGGAGAUCUUUUGCAGCUUAUAACAAACGACAGAUUCAAGAGUGUUGAACAUAGAGUACUUGCCAAUCGUGCCGGUCCAAGAAUAUCUGUUGCAUGCUUUUUCUCCACAGGGCAGAGGUCAUCCUCAAAGCUGUAUGGACCUAUGAAGGAGCUUUUAUCAGAAGAGAAUCCUCCCAAAUAUAGAGAAACCACAGUUGCUGAAUAUGUGGCCUACUUUGAAGCAAAAGGACUUGAUGGUACUUCUGCUCUUACACAUUACAGAAUUUGAGUUUUGAACUAGGCAAUGUGAAAAAAUAUUAGUACUCACAGAAAUAAUUGAAUAAACGAGUUGAUGAUGGUGUAGUUUUCAACAUUAAUUAAUCAUAUACAUUGUGAUUAUUUAGAUCUAAUAGUAUAGUAUAUAUAAUGUGUGUUAAUUUUCAAUAAAAAGGUGUGUUCUAAGUGCUACUUUCAUGGAUCAAAUUCCAUUCAUAUUAUGAUUAGUAUUUCA